UAACAUUUUAUUCCUCUUUGUAGAUAAAGUUCUUGUUGGCACCUUUUAGUUGUCCUAUGUCUCAUUCUUCUGAUACCAGGAGAUAAAUAAAUUCCUUCUUGUAGCUUUUGGUUCACCGCUAGCUUCAUCUAGUUAAUUCAGGAAUGCAGGAGGAUCCCCCCCUUACCUUCUGUUUUGACCAGUUUUUAGAUGUUACAAAAAACCUGUCUUUACUUUUAACACUAUGUUACAACUCAAAAAAAUAUACAUUUCUAAAUCACAUUUCUAAAUGUGAUUCUAAAUCUAAUCACAUUUCUAAACUUCUGUUAAUAAUAGCAGAAAAUACAGUGAAAUCUUCCCACAUUAUACAUAUAGUAUUCAUUUUAAUAUUUGCAAAAAGCCAACUUUGUAGUACACGUUUGUAGCAAGCAGUGUAACUGAUUCCAUGCAAAGUUCAUGACUUUGGGAAUACUGGUAAAGUUAAAAGGUUCGAACUCUUCCCUGUGGUACAAGCUCAUAGAAAUGAAUAGCCUCACUCUUCUGUCAGGUUAAUGUUUUUAGUUAUUUUAAGUAUCAAUAAUUGCCUUCAUCUCCAACACACAUACACGGGUAUUGAGUUCAUGCUGUGCAUUUCAUGCGCUCAAUUCUCAUUUAUUCCCUGAGGCUACUGAUGAUACAAGGCUUUUUUACUUUGAUCCACAGAGGUGAUAUAUUCUAUCUGACAAGCUCUUGGGCUCUGCUAGCACUCGGCAAUGCAGCUCAUUCCACAUAUCAUUGCUCUAAUUUUUCACCCUGGCACAACUGAAACUCAGUUUGGCAGAAACAGCUCCUGUAGAGUUGCUGUUCUGCUGCCUGUGUCCCUUUGUGCUGGCGAUUCCUGCUGGCUCUGUGGUCAGAGCAGUUCUCAGCGCAGCCCCAGUGCUGUCAAGCAGGGAGAUGCAGGGGUGCAGGUGCGCCUCCUUUUGUCUCAGCUGAUGCCCUUCGGCAGUGUUUGCAGGUUCAUGGGAGCUGGGAGACACCUGCUGCUUCAUGCCCAGUUGUCCGGGAGGGUUUCAGAGUGCCGUCAUUCUAGAAAGCCAAAGAUGCUCAGGAACACUGGCUGAUGUUCACAACAGCUAAUGUUAGCGAUUGAUCUGGUGUUUCUACAGGAAAAAAGAUUGGAUCAGAAAUUCUCACUGUGCGGUGAGCUCAAUGCUCCUCUGCCCAGGGGCUUCUCCUGCAGCCCGGCUUUGGGUACACUAUUUUUCCUGGCUUUCUGCCUGUGACCUGCUGCCACUGGAAGCUCAUUAGGAGCAAAAGUCUGUUCAUUUGCCCAGCUGUGACUGGACAAUUCCAGCAGUUUAUUGCAGAGAUUAGGUCAGUCCAUUUUUCCAACGCUUUUGCCAUUCAAGCCAAUGCUGUAACACAGUGCAGACACAGGUUUUCUGUAUGGCUAGCAUGGAGUUCCAUCUGAUAAAACCCUCUCUUUGCUCCUGAGCUGAGCACUUGCUCUGUUUGCAGCCUCUUCUACAGUAAGGGCUCAUUGCAAUGUUAAUAGGAGGAGUAGAUUCCUUCCUCACAAUCACUUGUGUACACUAGUCUGGGAAGGUGGAUUGUUUUUCAGGGUUGAUCGGUUUGUGUUGCACCAGUCAGCCCUGCUAGGACUUACGAUUCAGUGGCAAAACUAGAAGAGAAAACCUUCAUGUUUGUAUUUGCCAUCGUUACUCCACACCGAACGAUUACGUAGGGUGUCACAAACAGGUGCUGGGGGUGGUGUCACAAACAGACGCGACACCCGCGCACCCGCGUUCCAGCGUUGCCCCUCACCCUGUGUCCUGGAGCGAAGCUUCCCUGCAGCUAGGACAUCCUUUUCUCAUUCUCGCAGCGCUCCCUCAGGCUCUAUGUGGUCGCCGGGGCGGUCUGAGGUGGCGGAGCAGACUCUGCUCGUGGGGAACUUGGAGAGCCGGGUCAGGGAGGAGAUCCUAUAUGAGCUCUUCCUGCAGGCUGGACCAUUAACCAAAGUGAUGAUUUGUGAGGACAAAGAAGGAAAACCUAUGUCUUUUGGAUACGUCUGCUUUAAACACAAAGUAUCAGUGCCUUACGCAAAAGCUCUGCUGGAUGGAACCUGUUUGUAUGGAAGACCAAUUACCGUGCAGUAUUGGAGGGGGAGUUCUCACUCACCAGAACUAGACAGUUGUACAGAUCGUUUUGAACACCAUGUUGACUUAGAUUCUCCUGCAGACAGGCAUCAAGAGCUUUCUGGAAAUUCUCCAUUUCCUGUUACUCCUUUGCCAGUGAACAACCGUUUAUUUCAUGAUCACCCUGGCUUUCAAGAGGUGAAUCAAACUGCACAAUUCAAGACUGCACAGAGUUCUCCUGAACUGGCUACAUCCAAGUGACUGUGAAUUGCCUCAAGUGGGAUGAAAGAGAGAAAACGGCAAAGUUGUGACAAUGACACUAGGACUGAAGAUUAGUAAAAGGAG